CUCAAGUUCACAAACCGCUGGCUGGGUCUGAGGAGAGUUUGGCUUGUCUGUCCCACUAUGAGAUAUGCCUGAAACAUUGCUCUCUCUUCAGAUAGUCGCGCCGACUUCAGGUCAGUUUUAACUUAGAGUUCACGGCCUUAGAUAUUUAAACAUUUAGACUUUUUUUUAAUUGUCUGGCUCUGUUUCUUCAUCCAGAUAUAUAUGUUUUGUUUUGUUUUUCUUUUGAUGGCGCGGUCUAACCAAGAUGGAUGUUUGCUGUUUGCCGGCUGGACACUAGAUAACAGCUUCAACCACUAAAUGUAGACUUUAUUACCCAACCCGCCGGAGACCCCUUUUUACCAGUGCGUGGAUGUAGCUGAAUGGGCCGUUCCCAUCCCAGAGGUCACCCCUCCUAGAAUGAACAUUUUCCCACUGGAGUUUCGGUAAACUUUUCCCAGCAUGUCGGGAGUGGUCCGCACCCUGAGCCGCUGCCUGCUGCCGGCCGAGGCCGGCCGGGAGCCGGGCGGCCCGGGCGGCAGGAAGGAGGGCGGCAGCAGCGGCCGGGACGCGGCGCAGGAGCGCGAGGCGCGCCGCCGCAGCCGGGAGAUAGACGCCAUGCUGGCCCGGGAGAGGAGAGCCGUCCGCCGGCUGGUCAAGAUCCUCCUCCUGGGCGCCGGGGAGAGCGGAAAGUCCACGUUCCUCAAACAAAUGCGCAUCAUCAACGGGCAGGAGUUUGACAAGAAAGCGCUCCUGGAUUUCCGGGACACUAUCUAUGAGAAUAUACUGAAGGGCAUGCGAGUGCUGGUGGAUGCCCGGGACAAGCUGGGCAUUAGUUGGCAGAGCUGCGAAAACGAGAAGCAGGGAAUGCUAGUGAUGUCGUGGGAAGGACGUGUGGGCGCCUCGGGGGUCGAGCCCAGUGAGUUCCAGCUCUACGUGAUGGCACUGAGCGCGCUCUGGGCCGACGCAGGCAUACAGGCGGCUUACGCCCGACGUUCAGAGUUCCAGCUGAGUGAGUCAGUCAAAUACUUCCUGGAUAACUUGGAUCGUAUUGGACAACUGGUGAGUCUCAUUGAGGCUCUUGUAUUUUCUUUCCUUGUUUUAUUUUUUUGGUGUUGUUUUUUCCCAGCUUGUAAGAAAAUGUGUUUCUCCUUUUCUCAGAGCUACAUUCCCAGCAGGCAGGACAUUUUGUUUGCGAGGAAGGCGACUAAAGGGAUUGUCGAACACGACUUUGUCAUCAAAAAGAUUCCUUUCAAGAUGGUGGAUGUUGGCGGUCAAAGGUCCCAGAGGCAGAAGUGGUUUCAGUGCUUCGACGGGAUCACGUCCAUACUCUUCAUGGUGUCUUCAUCAGAGUACGACCAGGUCCUGAUGGAGGACCGCAGGACAAACCGUCUGGUGGAGAGCAUGAACAUUUUUGAGACCAUCGUCAACAACAAGCUCUUCUUGAACGUUUCCAUCAUCCUCUUUCUCAACAAAACAGACCUGCUGGUGGAGAAGAUUCGUAGGGUAGACAUCCGCAAGAACUUUCCCGAGUUCAGAGGGGACCCGCGCAGGCUAGAGGACGUACAGACAUUCCUGGUGCAGUCAUUCAGUCGUAAGAGGAGGAACCGGGGCAAGCCACUUUUCCACCACUUCACUACUGCGGUAGAUACAGAAAAUAUCCGCUUUGUCUUUCACGCCGUCAAGGACACCAUUCUGCAAGAAAAUCUUAAAGAUAUCAUGCUGCAGUGACUUCUCACACAGAUGACGGCUUGUCUGACUGUAACUGUGAAAGCAGCCGUGGAUCUGGGCUUAGAGGACAUCUGAGAGGCUCUGACGCUGCAGCCUGAGCGGGUAUAUUAACACUGGCACAUGGAAAAGUCAGCUGACCCACACAAUGAAACUAACUUAACUCUGAACCUGUGGAGCCAUGAGGGGACUCUGGACCUGUCAAUCAAUGUUGGCCAAUGUGGAGUCCCUGCAUUUAACCUGUGUAAAUGAGGCUGCUCUGGAACGAGAGUCACAAUAUAGAGGAAAAGCACCUGCAAUAUGGCAUAAGCACUGAAAGUGUUAUUCCUCUUCUGUACAUAAGACUCAUGACGACCGAGUCACUAAACUGGGUCGGACUGCUGCCUCUUGCAAUGUAGCAGAAGCCGUACGAGCAAGAAGCAGGAGGGACAGAGCGCGGAGGCAGAACAAGGAAGAGAGACAGAACGAAAGUUGAGAGCGAGUUGAAAAAUGCCUUGUUUUAAAGUACAUGUGACGGGGGAGAGGGGUGAGGGCUUGGGCCCAAUCUGGUCAUAUGCCGUGUUAUGUGAUAAGGUUGCACAAGUGUUCUUGUCAAUGAACUCCAGCAGAAGGAAGAGGCGAAGCUCUCUUAUGACCCCUCUUCUCAGCUCUGCAGUCGUUUCGUUCCUCUUCUUGUAUUCUUUUAUCGCUGCCAUCGUAUAAGUGAUGAACAGCUGCAGAGAACUAGUCUUAUUAACCCGCUCUCUCCCUAUCUCUUGUACUUUCCCUCUCCCAUCCAGCACAAUAGACAGAUUGUUCAUGUCCUCCCCUCCUCACCAGAAACAGCAGACAGUCAAAUUAGAGACCCAUCUUUGUUCGAAGACAAACACAGACAUGACUCUUGGUUGUGCAUCACUUAUGGUUCAUCUCUUACCCCCCCCACCAUCACCACAACCACCACCACCACACACACACACCCCAAUGUCUUUCCUUGUGUUCUCCUUUACACUCUUCCCACGGUUCACUAAUAGAAGCACCAAAGUAACAUAAACUGAGACAUAUUGUAAGUAUUUACUCCAUAUUUUUACCAUAUGAUUCCCAUCCCUGUUCUUUUUUGUAAACACAGGGAGCAGCAGAAAGUGAUGGGGUAGUUGAACCUUGGCAGCAGUCACUUCGGGAAGCACCGCUGGAUAAAACAAACAAAAAAAAAACAUUGAAAUAGUAACGAGCACACUGAAGUCAGAUCUAACAAAGUCACUGCGGCAAGUUUUGAUGUUAUUUUCCUUUACUGGCAUGCAUUUUCUUAACUAUUUCCUGUAAGAAUCUUUAAAAAAAACAACAUUUAUGUUGACAGUAAAAGGAAAAUAGCCAACUCCCACAUGUACGUCUUUGAUGUUUCCUUGCAACGAGAGCUCUGCCCACAAGCAGCCCAAGUGUCACAGACCAGUUUUAGUUCCAAACAGAGACAAAAUCUUCUUCCCUGCACUUCUUCAGGGUCACCAGUAUUACAGCUGCCGAGCUAGAAGUAUGUCGGAUAAGUGGAAGACUGAUAACCGGCUGCCACCUACAUUGUCUUAAGAGACUACUUAAAAAUCUCAACAGUCUUCCAGCUGCUCUCAAGAGUUCCCUUGGUGAAAUAAUAUUUAACAGAAAGCAUGAACUCUGAACAUGUGGACGGUUGCAGCAUCUUCAAGUCCCACUGAUCAGUGUCUUUUGUAUUAACAAUAUGAGAAAGUUGCUUCUUACCGUUUGUUUACUUGACUCUCACUUUUUACAAAAAAAUAGCACCCAGUGUCACCAAACACGAAAACAGAAAGUUGCCAGUUUAACUAGGGAGAAAAUCUUAUCUGGAGAUUAAGUCUAAAAGCUGAUUCAAAAGCAGGGGUGAAUAUUGGAUUAACCUCCAGCAAGUAGCAGCGUCACAGAUUUUUAGACUAAUAUUUUCAGUAUUUUCCCACCUGAAUGCUUUCAAAGGCUUCCGUGUGUUUGGUGUCGCCAUCCCAGUGCCCUGUGCCAAUCAAUUAUGUAAAAAAAUGGGGCAAACUGCCUUUUAAAUAUGAAACAAGAGUCAUCUUGAUUAUUUUUAUAUUGUAUAUCGCUGGUAAUUAUAGCUUCAUGCAGUCAUGGACAUUAAUUUUCAACCAUCAUUGCCCUUGUCUGACAUUACCGCUGCUGACACCAGGAGCGGUGACAUGAGCUCAUAUUUUCAGUACUGUGUCUGGCUGCCUAGAAAAAAUGAUAAUUCAAUGUUGCUUUGAAGACUAAAUUAGUUAUGAGACACUCAAACUAUUUGCAGCUGUGUUUGUCUGUUUCACUAGAGAGCUGUACUGGUCCUGUGGCGUCACACAAACCGGUUGCUGCUAUAGAUCCUUGCAGUUUAACGUGUUGUGCACUGAUUAAUGGCGGUUAAACUGUCAACCAGAACGUCUGCAAACUUGCUCUGUUACGUUUAUGUUAAUCAAUGCUGUAUCCAGGUUACUUCCUCCCUAAAAAUCAGACAUUCAAAUGUUCAAAUGAAUCGCUGGAAUGUAAUUAAACCGUUUACCGGUAGUUGAUUCCCAGUGUUUGCCUGAUUGGCAUUUGGGUGGACCACAUUUCCCACCCCGCAUGUUCAGUCCGCGUGGCCUUGGGGAGAAUGAGGAGAACCAUGAACACUUCCACAUGCCUUUACUAUUAUACUUUGUUAAUAUGUAUGUGUCUGUGUUGAUUGUGACAUUUUACAUGUUCAUACUUCCUGUACAUUGAAUACUGUAAGUAUCUGACUGACACUGUGUGUACACCGACAUUAAAAACGCCACUCUAACGCCUCGUUUCCACUUGCUCCUGUGCACUCGUGUGAUACGUCAACGAGUCCAUUCAUUCCUACUAAACUUCAGCAAUCAUGAGUUAUGAAACUUUUUCGGAUCGGCAUUUGCCUCUAGAGCACUGAAUAACUUUGAGAUGUGAGGUGGAUUUCAGAACAUAUCCAGCAUUAUCUAGCAUGCUGGAGUCCACGUCCCUUAUUUCAUAAUUGCAAAACUCCACUUUCUGGUAAUUUUUGGAGCAAUUUUUCCCUCACGCACGUUCAAAGAUCUCAAAAUGUGCAGUGGAUUUCAGAGUGAACACAUGCGCUGUACGAGCAUCAGUGUUGCCAGAAACCCAAAACCAACUUAUCAUACAGAGAGCCCCAAAUUAUCUGCCGACAAACUUCUCUCUUUUUUGACCAAUCAGUGGAAUUGUACCGACAACUGUACGAUAUUAUAAAAUAAGUUUAUUCUCCAUGGUAGCAACAUUAGCAUUGUUUUUAUUAAAAUAUUAAUAUUAUUCACAUAAGAAUUGUUCUUCUUUGUGAUGAACACGAGGGGAAGUUUGUGCUGGAAUGCAAGUGGAAACGAGGCAUGACAGUAUCGCUGUAGCUGGUGUGUUGCUGUGACAUUUGCCGUUAACUAACCUACCUUGUCCACUCACGAGUUUUAAAUGUCUUUUGUUUUAUUUUAUUUUUUUUAAUUUGUGUCAUUGCACUGGAUGUGUCUUGAGAGAAGAUGACCAGAAAGGAAAAAGAAAAAAAUGUGUGGGAAAGAAGAAGGCAAUGAAACAAAUGAGCAGGCACAGACUCUGAGAGGCAAACAGGAAGAAAAGUGGGAGGUCAUCUGCUUUUGUUUUUGUGUUUUCCAGUGCCUUGCCUCUGUUCUCCGUGUUGAAAUACACUGCCGUUUGCUGACACGCUGUUUCUUUAUUUUCUCAGUGUGAACGUCAGAGUGUGUUUGAAUGCGCAUGUGGCAGAGCAAGAGGUCAAGACCCUCUGAGCUGGAAAAGUGAGGAAUGGCAGAAAGAUUAGCAGCGUGGAGGGGAAGUGGGUGGCCGAGGGUUUUGGGAAAUGUUUUUAGUCUGUGAAGGAGAAACAAAAUUCAAAUAUGCUUUUCUUAUUUCCCAGGGAAGUUUAGUCUUUAUGAACACAAGGAGAGCUUUCUUGCAAACUGAAAUGAGGCUCCUGAUAAGUAACAUCAUACUGAUGUACAGCUGAGGUGAACAGUCGGCCCCUCGUUCCACAUAAUGUAAUAUGAAGCUCAUCGGAGAGCGCUGUCAGGUCCCUGGGCAUGAGAGCAAAGCCGAAGUCGGGCAAUAUCUAUGUAACCCAGCAGAGUCUGACCUUUGCUUUGGCUUUUAAUCAGAAGAGCUCUGCUACAUAACAGCCUCCACGUCUCAAGAGAGAGGGAGGGGGUCCAGAAACAACCAGACCAGAGUUUUACUGUUGUUUUAGAAAUCACUGGUCAACAUAGAUUUAUUUACACAAGAUGUGAGCAGAAUGUAAUUUAAGGUCUACACAUGUACGCUGCAGACACUCGUGUGACAGCCUACCAGAUCUCUGGCAGCCAAAAAAAAAGAAAGGAGUAGAAGAAACGUGACCUUGUGAAAGUGUAGGCGCAGACUGGGGGAGGGACAGACAAAGGGAGGAAGAGCGAAUACAAGAAAAAGUAAGAGGAUGGAGGGAGGGAGGGAGGAGGGGGAGGAGGUUAUGUUUCCUCUGAGUCCACUUCCUGUCCCGAUCCCAAAAUGGAGCGACUGAAAGAACGACAUCCCUCUGCCCCCCCACACACACGCAUGCACGCAAACACACACACACAAACACACACACACACACACACACACACACACACACACACACACACACACACACACACACCCA